UACGCCUGGAACAUUUUUAAAACAAAGGACUUUGAUUAUUAAAACAAAACAGCCAACUCGAAAGCAAUAUUUCUGCUUCCCUGCAGACCUGUUACAGACAAGAAACCCUUGACGCAAUACAUCUCCAUCCGCCAUGAGGAGCACAUCCUUUUCCCAGAAAACACUGACGGUGAGCGGCUCGAGCAGGAUGCGGGUGCAGAGCCCCUCUCCCUCCCGCUGCAGAACGUCCUCGUACAGCCGCGGCCGCCAGGGGUUCCCGGGCGCCGCCAUCGAGGUCGGCACGGAGAUCCACCACCACCACGCCAACGAGAAGGAGGAGAUGCAAGAGCUGAACACCCGGUUCGCCGGCUACAUCGAAAAGGUUCAGACCCUGGAGCAAAGGAAUGCCUCGCUGCAGGCCGAGCUGGCAGCUCUGCAAGGCCGCUACAAAGGGGGCCCCUCCAACGUCGGUGACGAGUACGAGCAUAAGUUCAAGGAGCUGAAGGAGCUGAUCGAGACGCUCACCAAUGAGAAGGGAGCUGUUGACAUUGAGAGGGGCUACAUCCAGGAGGAUAUAGAGGUUUGGAGACUCAAGGUAGAGGAAGAACUGGCACUUAAAGAGGAGGCUGAGGCGAUCCUGCGGGAGUUCCGGCAGGAUGUGGACAAUGCCACGCUGCAGAAGGCUGAGCUGGAGAAGCGGGUGGAGCAGCUGGCGGCAGAGAUCGAGUUCUUGAAAAAGCUGCACGACGAGGAGGUGACCGACCUGAUGAGGCAGAUCGAGGACUCCAAGGUGACUGCCAAGCUGGACACGGAGCGGCCCGACCUGGCCGCUUACCUGCGGAACGUCAGGGCCGAGAUCGAGCGGGUGGCUGCCAGGAACGUGCAAGAGGCCGAGAAGUGGUACAAGAACAAGUUUGACUCGCUGAAGGAACACGCCAGCAAGCACGAGGACCAGAUGAAGAGCAUGAAGGAGGAGAUCACCAUCUUGCAGAAUCAGGCCUCAGAAUUGCAGAGCCAGAUUGAUGCUUUACGGAGCCGCAACAAUGCGCUGGAGCUGCAGCUGGAAGAUAUGGAGCUCAGUCACCUGGACAAAGCAGGCGAGCUGCAGCACCUCAUCAACCAGCUCGAAUCCCAGCUUAGCGAAACCAAGAUGGAGAUGAGCAAGUACCUACAGGACUACCAGGAGCUCCUCAACAUCAAGCUGAGGCUAGAUGCAGAGAUUGCCACCUACAGAAAGCUCCUGGAAGGAGAGGAGAAGAGGCUGGGCAUUUCUUCACAAAGCAUUUCAGCUCACGGAGUCACAAAGGAAGAAAGAACCACCGCAGUGUCUCGCUGUGUGGAAACGGCCACCAAAGUCAUUGCCUGAGAACCACUGGCCAGUACCCAAGCCAACCCACACUCUGCAUGCCAAGACCUUACGGGGUUUGGUUACAACCAGUGUUUUCCCCAAACACAGAAAAUCCAAUGAUGUGUGUAGUUAUUACUAAGCACAGGUUCAAGUUAAUGAAGAAUAUACCCUCAGUCACUGCCCAAACCCUCACCAAUGUAACAACAAUAAGAGUGUUCACAUACAUAUAUAAACCAAGUACUAGAGUGUAACCUCUUAAUAAAGCUUGACUUAACUGCA